UUUCAAUUUUAAACAUAAUUUGAGCAGAAUUAUGAAUCUAGUAGUCAAGGUAUGACUGUACAGUAACAGAAAAAAUUACUGCCAGCCAGUUGUGAGCGUCUGUCUGCCAACACAAGAUAUCUGACGUCGAAAAGCAUCAAAACAGAAAAGAUCCAUCACAUCACCGCCAAUCGAUCUUUCCAUCACCACACAAAGAAAACCAAACUCUUUGUGCAAGCAGAGGAGGAGCACCUGUUGGGCCGCCUUCACGACAGCUUUGAUCAACCAAGCUCCAAAAUAAGUCAAGAGAGGAACUACUAGCUAGCCAGUCCUGCCUGUGGAUUUAUUUUCUGCUAGAAGUUCUUCCUGCUGUUUUCCUUUCAAUCCAAUAAUUAAUUUUUCCUUUCACCAUGAGGCUCUCGCUGCUGUUUCUUUCGAUCCUGCAGUUGUCGACACUGGUGGAUUGUUUCCUGCUGAUUCCAAAAUCAGCUUCCAGCAUCCAGUCCAUCCAAGGAUUGCAAGCAGCAAGACGUUCGGAAUACAAUGUCAUUGAAGACAACGACGGCAACAACUCUUCUCCCACCGUCGACAACGACGUGGCGUCCGAUUAUAGUGAAAUUCCGGCCACUCGCAACGAGUACGCCGCACUCAUGGGCGGUCAAGCCGUGCAAAUCGAAGUGGGCGAUUUGGCACUGGGUCGCAAGGCGUGGAAAAAGCGUCGUCGCUCCGGAUCACCCCUGUUGGUGCCCUGUUCGGUCCUAAACUUGGAUCGGGCAUCCAUGCUGCGCUGGAAUUUGCUCUAUUUGCUGUACCGGCACGGAUCGGCACAAAAAGAUGGAACCGUGUUGUCCACUGCGGAAUUGACGCGGCUUCACAAGAAGGUUUUGAAGGGGCGGUUGGCGAACCACGCCACGGAAAUGGGCUAUGACACAGCAGAGGAUUUGAUCCAGGGUUUGUUCAGUAGCAAAGCAACACAGGAUACCUACGGAGUCCGCCUCGUCGCGGAUCCAGAGGGAGUCCAAUACUAUCUCAAGACACCCCGAUCCAAAUUCAAGGCCAAACAAAAGGCCGCCCAAGCCAAACUUUUGCAAGUCGUUAUCCAAGAUGAUUCCAUCAUGAAACACACGGGAUAUAUUCGAUACCGCGAUGAAGAAUCAUCCGAGGGUGGUGAUGUCUUUCCACCUCUCUCGGCUGCUUUACGAGUCAGUCCCCGCGAAGAUAUCGAGACGGGCAAAGUCCAGCAAGGCAGCAUCCAGUCGGCUGUCUUGUUUGAUUUUGAUCCACAAGGAGAUGGAGGCAUGCCCUUGCUCACACUAUCCUUGAAUCCCACGGCAGGACGACAACCCAAAUUGACCACCAAACGUCAGCAUCACCCCAAAUAUGCACCCCUCAAAAGUCCGCGGCAAAUGCUCGAUCAGUUGCAAGUGGGAGAAGGACCCUUUGAUGCCAAAGUGGUCAAAUUGGCGCGAGAUCAUGCUCUGGUGGAUUUUGGGAUCGGUCGCAAAUUUAGUAGUGCCAAACAUCCCGAUGAAGGAGUCGGUAUUGGAACUCCCGAAUUUGUCAAA